UAUGUGAAACAACCGUCUGCCAUACCAGCUGGAGCCGGUCGGACAUCAUGGUGAGGCUCUUUAAGCUCAAAACAGUCAGAUGUUGAGCUAUUUGCUGAUUCAUUAAGAGGGAAGAUGAAGCCAACCGUCCUGCUUCUCCUCCUGGUCCUGCUCGCCGUUUCAGGACCGAGCCGAGCCCAAGUCAGGAGCUCUCAUCUAGAUCUACCCAGGAUCCUGCCCAGUCUCAGCCGGCCAGCCAACCACAGCCGUAUCUUCUACGCCGUGAUGUUUGAUGCUGGGAGCACAGGGACGCGAAUUCAUGUCUAUACCUUCAUCCAGAAUGGCUCAGAGAAGCUGCCUGUUUUGGACAAUGAGAUGUUCCAUUCCACAAAGCCCGGGCUGUCAGCAUAUGCUGACUCCCCUGAAACGGCCGGGGAGACGGUGAGGAGGCUGCUAAAGGUGGCCAAAAAGGCGGUUCCUCGCCUGGACUGGAAGAGAACCCCGCUGGUCCUCAGGGCCACAGCUGGGCUCCGCCUCCUGCCUGUGGAGAAGGCCCAGGCUCUCCUGGAUCAGGUCAAAGGCUUCACGAGACACUGCAGAGAUCCCCGAUGGGGCUGUUUUUACAAAGUUCAACACGUGUUUGAUGAGUCUCCCUUUCUGGUCCCAGACAACAGCGUCAGCAUCAUGGACGGCACAAACGAAGGGAUCCUGGCUUGGAUUUCUCUCAACUUUCUGACAGGUCAUCUGAAUGCAAAUACCAAGAAGACGGUGGGGAUAUUGGAUUUGGGCGGAGGGUCCACUCAGAUCACGUUCCUGCCUAAACUGAAGAAGACCGUUGAGACUGCUCCUGUCGCUGAUUUUGUUGCCAGAUUAGACUUCUUCAACUCGACAUUUGAGUUAUACUCUCACAGUUAUCUCGGAAACGGAAUAAUGGCAGCCCGACUCGCCGCUCUGGGCGCUCUGGGUGUGGAAGGGUUGGAGUGGCAUGUCUUUAAAAGCUCCUGCCUCCCCAACAAGUUUAGGGAUGAGUGGAGCUUCGGAGGACUAACCUAUCAAGUGAGCGGAGACCCAGAUGGUCACGCUGGAUACAAGCAUUGUUAUCAGGAAGUACUUAAGGUGGUGAAGGGGAUUAUUCAUCAGCCGUGUGAGCUGGAAGACAGCAACGUUUUCUUUGCCUUCUCCUAUUACUUUGACAGAGCUGUGGACGCGGGUCUUAUCGGUGGAGCACAAGGAGGGAUGCUGCAGGUCAGAGACUUCAAGAAGAGGGCUAAAGAGGUGUGCAAUAAGAUGACCAAGUUUCCGCCCAUCAGUUCGUUCCUGUGCAUGGACCUGGCCUACAUCACCUGUCUGCUGAAGGAUGGCUUUGGGUUCAAGGACAGCACGGUGCUGCAGCUGACCAAGAAAGUGAACAAUGUGGAGGCUAGUUGGGCUCUGGGUGCCAUGUUGGACCACUUCCAAAGCCUGAAGAUCCGCUGAACAGCACUGAUAAAAAAGGAAGAUUUAUGUGCUGCUCGCCAUCAAACACGUGUAACGUGUUCUGCCUUUUCUAACCGCUCCACACAUCAGCACUUCGUUUAAGCAAGCGGAAAUAACCUUGAGUAAAUUUAGUUUUAAAAGACUUUCCUCUAAAGUGUCAAUAUGUUCUGCUGUUAAUCUGCUGAAGUGAAGCCAUGGAGGCUUGAUGAAAGGCUAGAUCUAGCAAUUCCUUCAGCUCAGAGCACAAGUGGAUAUGCACUUUGAUUACAGUAGAUGUUUUACUCCUGAACAGCGGCUUUGUGAGGCUGGUUGUGCUGUGCAACACCAGUGUUUACAUAGCGAAGCUUUCAGGUGUCGGUGGAAAACGGGACGUGUGUGUGGUACAUUUAAUUCUGACUGAACACCAGCUGGUUUGGCAGGGUUUUAUUUAAUAACUGCAUUUAAUCUUCUAUACACUCUUCCAACCCGUCUCAGUAUUUCUUUGGGAUUCAUAAAAAAUAAAAUAAAA